CUCACGAGUAGCGGGUUGUGGCUCCAGUACGCGAGAGAGAAAUUAGCUUCACUCUUCUGACUGUUCAGAUUUCGAGGACUUAAAUCGCCAGCAUGUCUCGGGGAUCCAUUGAAAUCCCCCUUCGGGACACUGAUGAGGUUAUUGAGCUUGAUUUUGAUCAGCUUCCUGAAGGAGAUGAAGUCAUCAGUAUCCUCAAACAGGAGCACACACAGUUGCACAUAUGGAUCGCACUUGCUCUGGAGUAUUACAAACAGGGAAAGACAGAGGACUUUGUGAAGCUGCUGGAGGCAGCGCGCAUUGAUGGCAACCUUGACUACAGAGACCACGAGAAAGACCAGAUGACUUGUCUGGACACUUUAGCUGCUUACUAUGUUCAACAAGCUCGCAAAGAGAAGAACAAGGAUGCGAAGAAAGACCUCAUUAACCAGUCCACCCUUCUAUACACCAUGGCAGACAAGAUCAUCAUGUAUGAUCAGAACCACUUGCUGGGAAGAGCUUGCUUUUGCCUACUGGAAGGGGAUAAAAUGGAUCAGGCAGAUGCACAGUUUCACUUUGUCCUGAACCAGUCCACCAACAACAUACCUGCACUGCUAGGUAAAGCCUGCAUUUCUUUCAACAAAAAGGAUUACAGAGGAGCUUUAGCUUACUAUAAAAAAGCACUACGCACAAAUCCUGGUUGCCCAGCUGAAGUGAGGCUUGGAAUGGGCCAUUGCUUCGUUAAGCUGAACAAACUGGAGAAGGCUCGUCUGGCUUUCAGCCGUGCCCUGGAGCUAAACCCAAAGUGUGUGGGUGCCCUGGUGGGCCUAGCCGUCCUCGAGCUCAACAACAAAGAGGCGGACUCUAUCAAGAACGGAGUGCAGCUGCUCUCCAGGGCAUACACCAUCGACCCGAGCAACCCCAUGGUGCUCAACCACCUCGCCAACCACUUUUUCUUUAAAAAGGACUACAGUAAAGUCCAGCACCUGGCCCUUCAUGCUUUCCACAACACAGAGGUGGAGGCCAUGCAAGCGGAGAGCUGCUAUCAGUUAGCCCGCUCUUUCCACGUUCAGGAGGACUAUGACCAGGCUUUCCAGUACUAUUACCAGGCCACUCAGUUUGCUUCCUCCACCUUCGUCCUGCCGUUCUUUGGCCUGGGCCAGAUGUACGUGUAUCGCAGAGACAAAGAAAAUGCCGCACAGUGCUUCGAGAAAGUCUUGAAGGCCUACCCCAAUAACUACGAAACUAUGAAAAUCCUUGGGUCGCUUUACGCCACUUCAGAGGACCAGGAUAAGAGAGAUAUUGCAAAAGGUCAUCUAAAGAAGGUCACUGAGCAGUAUCCUGAUGAUGUAGAGGCCUGGAUUGAGCUUGCCCAGAUUUUGGAACAGACAGACAUCCAGGGUGCACUCUCUGCAUACGGAACAGCCACACGUAUCCUCCAGGAGAAGGUACAAGCUGACGUGCCUCCUGAGAUCCUCAACAAUCUGGGAGCACUACACUUUAGACUGGGGAAUCUUGGAGAAGCAAAGAAAUACUUCCUGGCGUCUCUGGAGAGGGCCAAGGCAGAGGGCGAACACGAUGAGCACUACUACAAUGCCAUCUCCGUUACCACGUCCUACAACCUGGCCCGACUCUAUGAGGCCAUGUGCGAAUUCCACGAAGCUGAGAAGCUUUACAAGAACAUUCUGAGAGAGCAUCCGAACUAUGUAGACUGUUACUUGCGCCUUGGAGCAAUGGCCCGCGACAAAGGCAAUUUCUAUGAAGCCUCAGAUUGGUUCAAAGAAGCUCUUCAGAUCAACCAGGAUCACCCAGAUGCUUGGUCCCUGAUUGGAAAUCUCCACUUGGCCAAGCAAGAGUGGGGUCCUGGGCAGAAGAAGUUUGAGCGCAUCCUGAAGCAGCCGUCUACCCAGAACGACACUUACUCCAUGCUGGCGCUGGGCAAUGUGUGGCUGCAGACCCUGCACCAGCCCACUAGGGAUCGUGAAAAGGAAAAAAGGCACCAGGACAGAGCACUAGCAAUUUAUAAACAAGUUCUGAGGAAUGACUCCAAGAAUCUGUAUGCUGCCAAUGGUAUUGGAGCCGUUUUGGCCCACAAGGGUUAUUAUCGCGAGGCUCGUGACGUGUUUGCCCAGGUGAGGGAGGCGACGGCCGAUAUCAGCGAUGUCUGGCUGAACCUGGCACACAUUUACGUGGAGCAGAAACAGUACAUCAGUGCUGUGCAGAUGUACGAGAACUGCCUAAAGAAGUUCUAUAAGCACCAGAACACGGAGGUGCUGCUGUACCUCGCACGGGCACUUUUCAAAUGCGGCAAACUACAGGAGUGCAAACAGAUGCUGCUGAGGGCGCGGCACGUGGCCCCCAGUGACACGGUGCUGAUGUUCAAUGUGGCCCUCGUACUUCAGCGGCUGGCCACGCUGGUGCUCAAGGACGAGAAGAGCAACCUGAAGGCUGUGUUGAGUGCCGUGAAGGAGCUGGAGCUGGCCCACAGGUACUUCAGCUAUCUCAGCAAGGCAGGAGACAAGAUGAGGUUCGACCUAGCUCUUGCCGCAAGCGAAGCAAGGCAGUGCUCCGACCUGCUAAGUCAGGCGCAGUACCACGUGGCCCGGGCCCGCAAGCAGGACGAAGAGGAGAAGGAGCUACGUGCCAAGCAGGACCAGGAGCGGGAGGUCCUCCGGCAGCAGCUGCUACGCGAACAGGAGGAGAAGAAGGUCCGAGAGGCAGAGGAACAGAAGAAGCUGCUGGAGCAGAGAGCUCAAUAUGUGGAGAAGACCAAGAACCUGCUCAGCUUCACCGACGAAAUGAAGGAGGCGGCUAAAGAGAAGAAGAAAGCGAACAGCGGGCGGCGCAAGAAGGGCGCGGAGUACGACGACUUCGUUAACGAUGACUCCGACGAAGACCUGCCCAUCAAGAAGAAGAAGAAGAAGAGGGGCAAUAGUGGGAGUGAGCAGGAGGAGGAAGGCGAGGGAGAGAAGAGAGCCCGUAAGAAGAGAAGAAGGCCAACUAAAGGUGGCGAAGAAGGAAGUGAUGAGGAGGGAGGCUCGAGGCCCAAGAAACAGCGCAAACCCAGAGAGCGCAAGAGGUUUGAGAGGCCCAAACCUGAGCGCAUGCCACCAUCUCUUAAAGGGAAGAUCAAGUCCAAAGCCAUCAUUUCUUCCUCGGAUUCCUCUUCAGAUGAGGAUGGCCUGAAAAUUGCAGAGGACAGAAACCCGCGGGAGAGCGGUUCCGGUUCAGAUGACGGAGGCCACCUGAAGCGCAUUGCUUCGGACAGCGAGUCGGAAGAAGAACGCAACCGUUCAGGCAGUGAGGGCGGCAGUCCUCAGCGCUCAGGCAACUCGGACGAGGAUGACUCUGGCAGCGAACGGCCAGUGAAGAGGAAGAGGAUUCAGCAGCAGUCAGACUCGGAGCAGUCAGAUGACGAGAGCAGGAGGAGCCGCUCGGAAGGCUCAGAGGACGAGUCCCCGCCCGGAUCGCCGGCACCGGCCUCGGAGCGGGGCUCGGACAACGAAGGCUCGCCCCAGCGGUCAGAGAACGAGUCCGAGCCUGAGGGAUCAAACAACGAGGCCUCAAACCGGGGCUCAGAGGAUGAGAGUGACUGAGUCCAGUCAUAUGGCAGAAAGCAUUUGUCAUGAUAUGAACCUAACCUGAGUCUCCGAGUCAGUUUACCCUUUGUUGUUAUUGUAGCCGUCAAUGUUUGGUUUUUUUUCUUUCAUUUUUUGACACCUUGACUCGUCAGAAAGCAAAUAAUGCUGUUGUACUUUUCAUCAGAGUUGCUGAGAGUUUCUCCCUUGAAGGGUAGAAGACAUAAGCCAAUGAUUUGAGUAAGCACUGUACUUGUAAAUCCUUUUCAUGCUUUUCAUUAUUUGGAAUAAACCAAUAUGCACAAAUAUUCAAAAGUAAGGGAUCCAAUAUAACAAGAUGUGUACAUUUAAAUACUAAAAAUAAAUCAUUUUCAAACUGUC